AUGGCGGCUUCUUCCGACUCAUCUCCUCCAAGGGGUUAUAAAUCUUCAAAAGAUCAUAAAGCUCGGAAAAGUCGUAGAGCUGCGAAACCAACUAAAGCUUUAAAUUCUACAGAAAAGCCGAUACUUGUCAAUGACGAUGACUCCAAUCAAUCCAGCACUGAUCAGACCAAGGACUCGGACAUUUCAUCACUGGAUUGGGAAGAAGACCGAAAAGGAAAAGGUAAAGGAAGAGGAAGAGGAAGAAGAAGAGGAAAGGGAAAGGGAAAGGGAGAGGAGAAAAAAACAAGAAAACCCACGGAAGCAGACCAGACUUAUCAGGAGACUUAUCAGGAGAAAGAGAUCGAUGCGGGAAGAACUUUGGUAACUUUGUCAAAAACAAUCUCCAACAUAUUGACUGCACCUUACGACAACAAGAAGGAACCCAAUCAACUUAAAACCGAUAAGACGGCACAUGAGACAUCUGAUCAUCGGAAUAAGUUGCCAAUAGAAAUUUGGAUUAAAAUUUGGGAAAUCGUCGCCAAUGACAAUCCAAGAAACCUUGACAUCUGGACUUGA